GCAGCCCGGGGGCCUCGGCGCGGCACCGGCGGCGGCAAGAUGGCUCCCAAAGGGAAAGGCGGCGGCAAGGCGGGCAAGGGCGGGGGCGGCGGCGGCGGUAGCAGCAGCGAGAGCAAAGCCCAGGGCCCGAAGGGAGGCGGCAGCGCCGUGAAGGUUCGGCACAUCCUCUGCGAAAAGCAAGGCAAAGCCAUGGAGGCCAUGGAGAAGCUGAAGUCCGGCCAGCGGUUCAGCGAAGUCGCCUCGCAGUACAGCGAGGACAAAGCCAGGCAAGGGGGAGACUUGGGCUGGAUGACCAGAGGCUCCAUGGUGGGACCUUUCCAGGAAGCAGCAUUUGCCUUGCCUGUGAGCAGCAUGGACAAGCCAGUGUAUACAGACCCUCCCGUAAAAACAAAGUUCGGGUAUCACAUCAUCAUGGUGGAAGGCAGAAAAUAAAAUGUGAAUGAUCAUGA